CGCAGCUCGGUCGUGCUCGUCGCCGCCACUCGCUCGCAUUCGCCUUCACCCCAAGUCGAUCUCUCGAUCGUCUACAAUAUAAUAUCGUUCUCUCGCCGAUCCCUUCCGUCUCCUUCGUCCGUUUCUCUGCGCCUCCGCGUCCGCAUCCGGUGGUCGUCCGGAUCGCUCACCUCCCCCCCCCCCCACACACACACACCUGGGGUCCCCCGUCACCCUCGAUCUGCGCCCGGGAGUCUUCUCGUCGUCGUCGUCGUCGACUCUCCACUUCCGAAAAGCGGACACCGGAAAUACAUAUUAUCCACUAGUGCAGCCCGCGGGGUCCGCGUCGAGAGCUAUACGAAAAAAAAAACAGUGCAGGUUCGCGUUGAAAUCUCCACGUCGGACCUAUAAUCGCGAUUUCCUCUCGUCGGCGUGCCACACUUAUUCAUCCAUCCGGUCGCCCUCCCGCCGUCCUUCUAAUCCGGCUCACAAAACGCACACCACUCCCACCACCGAUUUCGUAGUGUCGACGACGAGUUCACCCCAAGUCACCGGUUUGUCUGUACCGUCCAGGGAAUUGAGAUGUGAACCCUACACUAGGAAAUACAUCGCAUUAAUAUUUAUAUCGGAACAAAGAUACAUUUACACGCGUGAGAAGUGGUCGAGGUCUUAUUACAAAAUGAACGAUUAAGCAAAGAAUUAAAAGAAAAUCCCGUAACGACUGAAUAAAGGAAAAGAAAAUGACGGGGCCGAAACAAAACUGAAAUUGAGGGAUGGAAAAAGUGCACUGCACGGUGCACCGUCAGGCGCUAUGGAUUUUGUGUUUCCACGUCAUUUGCAGUUUGUCGUACGUUGCCGAAAACAUUUCAACGACAGAAACUACGAUGGACGUAAAUUUGAUCGAAGAAAACCAUCAUCAACACGAAGUCGGAUCGAAAUGGUCGCCACUGUUCGAGGACGGACCCGGGCCCGUCAACGUCACCGCCCGUAUCGGGUCCACGGUGCAAUUGAACUGUAAAAUCCAACUACUCUACGAUAAAACGGUGACAUGGGUUCAUCGAAAAUCAGACGACAUCCAAUUGCUGACCGUGGGCCGUCAGGUGCAUAGCUCAGACCAGAGGAUAUCGUUGAGCUUCAGAUAUCCUAAUAACUGGAGACUUCAAAUCGUCUACAUAACCGACAGGGAUGAUGGGGUGUACGAAUGUCAAGUGGCAACACACCCACCGACCACCAAGAAAACAUACCUUAGAGUCGAUGUGCCCACUGUACGCAUGUCUGUAACCGGUACCGGUGAUGUGACCAGAGGCAGUAAUGACGUCUUCUACAAGACCGGUAGCACUCUGGAGAUCGUGUGCAAAGUUGUGCACGCCGGUAGCAACAACGGAUCCAAAGUUUCGUGGUACAGAGGACGUCAAACGAUUUCAACCGGGAUCACCGAGAGGACCAGCAAUGAUUCUAGUUCUACAACAAUCGUGUCCACUCUAAAAAUUAAACAUGUACAGAAAACACAUUCGGGAAACUACACGUGCUUGGUUGGAUCGCCGUCAGCAUCAGCGGCCGUCACCAUCCAUAUACUUAACGGAGAACAACCGGCGGCGGUGCACGACGGUAAUUCAGGUCCUCUGGUGUGCUGCGUGGCCGGCUGGUGGCUGCUGACCCUUUGCUGUCUGGUGCUGUCCAGUUGAUUCCCCGGGCCCGUGUAGACAGUGACGGGUCAUCGUCCGAACCACCUGCGCAGCGAUCACGUCGUAUUAUGCACGUGGACCUCCGAACAGCAAUCAUCAUCAUUACAUGGACGGCGGCAUUGUGACGAGUCGUUCCGGAUGCUGAUGUGCGACCGGAAACUACUGCGCCACCUCCGGUUUCGCCGGAACGCCAAAAGACGAAACUUCGAAAUAAUAUUUUUAAUAUUGUUUGUUGUGUGUAUUAUAUUGUAUAUAAAUAUUCAUAGGUAUAUUGCGUUGAGAGUGUCGCGAUAUGUUUAUGUAAGUAGGCGUGUUUGUGCAUAAUAAUAUAGAGAAGACGACUCUCUACCAUGUGGGGGAUUGGGGUAAACUUAUUAUUUUUUUUUACGUCGUCGCGCAUCGUCGGAUGUUAUAGUUAUUGUACAUAUUAUAUUGUAACAUCAACCCUGCAAGUCGCUCCAUAACAGGGGUCACCGACACUGGCGGACCACGGUCCGCAUCCGGACAUCGGACACAUUUUUUACGGACCCUAAUGGCUGCGUGAUUAUAAAAUAUAUAUAAAUAGUUUUUACAUUACAUUUUUUAUGAUAAAACGAAGAACAAAAAUAUUUUCCGAUAUUGUGGUGGUGUACAUAUAUUAUAUUAUUAUGUACGAGUCUCCUUCACCGAGCGUUACGUCGAUAGCCCAAAGGUGCGAAAAAUAAUUCCAAAAAGUUGACUGAUAGGCACUGUUAGACGCUCGCGCCGCUGCGUUAUCGCAUGUCAAAAAUAACGAAAUCUAAGAACUUCCAAAGUACCCGCGUUCUAUUACAAUUUAGUAAGACUUUUAUUAAUAUUGUUAACGUGUGGUGAAAAAAUUCACUGGGUAUUUAAAUGUGUUUUGGACCGUGGGAAGUUUGGUAAGUUUCAAAGCGAACCCCCCUAGAAAUUAGUCGGUGAUCCCUGCUCCAUAAUAUAUAGUUACAGUAUACAACCCUAAACGCCUUCGGGUGUUCGUACCUACAUUGAAUAAAAGGGAUCAAAAUGUAAUAACUAUUCCCUAAAUACAAAUAACUAUAUUGCAUGCAAUGGUCGAAUAAUUUUGUUCGGACAAUAAUACAACAAUGCGUUUCAGCACCUACAAAAUGUGAAUUGAAGGAUAUCCGUUGGAGUACCUGUGGGUAUAGAAUUUUAUCAAAAUUUCGAUUUUGUUUCCAAAAAUAUUUCACACGUGAAAAUUCCCACGACAUUAUAAUGAAACUUACUAAUUAUAAUAUGUAUCUAUAAUCUAUAUCUAUCUAAUAUACUUAUUCAAAUACGCACCGGUGAUAAUAUUUUAGCGCGGUAAAAACUGUCGAUUUAUCUAGACUUUACAACUUACAACUGCACUCACGUGCAGUAAAUCGUCAAUAUUUACUAUCGUAAAUGUCAAAGACUCGGUUUUAUAUAUGCCUAUACCUACAUUCGAUUAUGAAGCUGAUAACAUAAUCCUCCCAUUUCCAAUUCGAAAAUUUUUACUAUGUCAAAGAACAAAGGAUUUUACAUUUUAAUUUUUAAAAUAACGACUAAAAUUUAAAACUAGGCGAAUACAAAGUGAUAUCUACAAAUUCGUCGUGUGAAGCAUAUAGGUAUAUGCGCCAUGUUUUUAGCACCAUUCGGUGCCAUAAUCGAAAAAACCAUAACACUCAUCGUCUCGACGUUUGGGUACCUAGAUUAUCUACGUUAGAUAUCAACAAAAUGUAGCUAGCAUAUUAUAAUGGGCGCAUGUAGACUCCGCCACAAGUACCUUUUUUUACUAUAAACUCCGCCAGUGAAGAAAAUCAAUUAACAGUAUACAAUUAAUAUAAUCAUUAUUAUAAGAUAAAAAAAAUAAUAAUAAUAGUAAUUAGUAGUCGUCCACAUUAAAAUAUAAUAGUUAUAGAAGCCAAAUAUAAAUAAAAUUAAAAAUUAUCUAACGGAUAAGAGCAUACAAUUGAUAUAAUAUAAUAUUCAUAAUUUUCAUAAUAUUAAUUAAUAAUCGUCCACAUUAAAAUAUAAUAGUUAUAAGUAAAUAAUACAUUUGACAAAAUUAAAAAUUACUAACCUAACGGCUAAGAGUAUAAAAUUGAUAUUAUAAUAUAAUAUUCAUAAUUUUCAUGAUAUUAAUUAAUAAUCGUCCACAUUAAAAUAUAAUAGUUAUAAGUAAAUAAAACAUUUUACACAAAAUAUAUCAAAAUGAAGCCAAAAAUUAAAAAUUCUCGAACGGCUAAGAGCAUACAAUUGACAUAAUAUAAUAUUCAUAAUAAAACUGGCGGAGUUGACAUUAGACCUUUUAAUUAUCUUUUUAUCUAACCGGUAUUCUGGCGGAGUUUACAAUCGCCCCAUAUAAUAUAUUUUAUCGUUAGCUAUCAACAGGUAGAAAGAGGUAGGUAGGUACCAACGAAUAAUACUUAUAUUGAUAUAUUAUAACAAUCUAAAAUUACGGUAGGUACCUAACUUCAGUGUAAGCAACCUACACGAUUUUGACAUUUUCGUUGUUGACCCAACUUCACAGUGUUUGUAUAGUACUUAAUAUAUUUGUCAAUUGUGACAUUCGUUGUAUCUAGAUACACUCUGUAUACUAUUUUAAUAAUAUUAGCUUAAUGUAUGCUGCAAGGUUUUAUGGUACCCAUCCCCUAUACAGAUUAUCAAUUUCUAUCAAGUAAUUGCCUUCCCCGAAGGGGAAAAGUAUUCAAAAUCCCAAAAAAUAUCCGUCACUAUACAUACCACUCUGAUAAAUGAUAAUUCAAUGUUAUAUUAUAAUAUUACCUAUAUUAUGUAUUAUUAUAAUAAAAUAUGUAACACAUUAUAAUAACCACGUUUCAUAAUAUUCAACUAGGUAUAAUAAUAUAUUGUUGGUAGGUACGGUGAAAAAAAAUUAUAUUAUAAACUACAAAUCGUUUUGAAGAUUCUUCAUAAUUAUUAUAUUAUAUAUUAUAUUCUUAGGUAGGUAUACUUAUCAAUAAUGUAACUAUAAUCGUAUUAAAAUUGUUCGUGAGGACUUUUUUUUUAAUUAUACAUAAAUAUUGUGCACAAUUGGCCGUAAAAAAAUGUAAACAUUAUAUUCUUUCAAUUAAAUGCGUACAUUUUACCCUACGUAUUUAUAUAAUAAUAAUAUAUCGCCUCUUAAUAUUCGGGAUUCCUUUUGGUUCACAACGAUAUAAUAUUAUCUUGAACAUUAUUUUAUUCCAGUUCUUUGUCAACAAAACAAUGUGUUCAAAUAAACUAAAAAUAAUAACACCUACGUCCCCACACUCUAUACAGUAAUUCAUCUAACUUUAUUUAGGUACCUACCUAAGUUAAUAUUUAUUUAUAAAUGUAUAUUAUUUUUUUUUAUAUUAGAUUUAUCAAAUUAUUCGGUAUGUAUAUAAAUAUAAUUGAAAAUGCCCUGUAGGGGACAUUUAUUAUCAUUUUUCAUUUUUUCUUCUUACAUUAAGUGCUGUAUGUUAAUAAUCGUAUUUGUCUCUUUUGUGUAUAAAAAUUAAAAUAGUUGUACUGGGUAGAAAAACGAUUAAAUAGUACGUAUACGAUAGACAGAAGAUGCCAAGAUGGACGGACAGACGCGUCUGUCCGUCCAUACAGAUUCAAGGAGGAUGUGUAUACCUCCUACCUACAGUUCAUACAAAAAUAUUAUAAAUAAAUAAUGUAUAUUUAUUAUUGAAUUAAUAUACUAUAUUUCUAAAUAUUAUUUGUGUAAAUAAACCAACUGUAUUUCAGUAUUCGGUUAUGAAAUUGUUAUCAUCCUAUUUUUUUUUUUUUUUUUACCUAAAAAUUGAAUAUACUUACUAUAAUAAAACGGUAAAAACGUGGCGGGUUGUUAUAAAUAUUAUUACCUACUUUGGAAAAAGAGUUGAUUAAAAUAUUAUUGUUAUUUGAGUUAAAAAAAAAAAUAUAUGUAUAAUUAUGA